AUGAAAGGAAUUUACUUAUUAAUUAUAUUAUUAAUCAAUCAAUUAACAUGGGCGUCACCUAUUGCACCUCGAGCUUUGGUUAAUCAAUCAGAUCCUUUCUAUUUGGCCGCCUAUAAACCAGCUCAUCUGGUGACAUCUGAUCAAGUUGAUCAAUUAUUAUCGAUUCAAAUUCAACAAUUUGAAGUUAUAGGUUAUCAAGUGAUUGUUUAUGAUGUCAAUGAUGGGAAAACCAUUGGAUUAAGUUCAACCAUUGAUUCGAAAAAGUAUAAUAUCACAGGAUAUGUUACAGUUGAUCAAUAUAUUAUCGUUACUGAUAUCAUUGGUGGAGGUAUAAACUACCUCGUUAUUGAUCCUAUAACUAAUAAAUUAGAAUUAUCAACUUUCCCCCCUUCAAGUGAUGAUAAAUUCGCCUUAAGUAGAAAUCUUAUAUCAAUUAAUGGUAAUUAUACUUGGUCAGUCUGUGCUAAUAAUGAUACAGAAAAUUUCACCGAUAAUAUUUAUUUUGGUACUUUGAUUGAGAAUUCAGCUUAUUGUGGUGAUUAUGGUAAAGAAUUAGUUUUAAAAGCUAUUGGUUUAGUAAGUUCAGAUGGUUCAAUCCCUGAUUAUCCUUUAUAG